GGUCGUACGCCCUGUCUUAGCUAAGGCUUGGUCGUAAGGCCGUUCUUACGUCAACGUCGCGUUUUAUCAAAAAGAUCGCAGGUACGACGUCGCAAAUAAGAGCCUUAACUUUACGACUGGUCCUGAGUAGUCUCAAGUUGACUGGAAAGUCGUAAAGAUGGCGGCUAUACAUGCAGCUCAACCCUUGCGUCGGCGCCGCGCUGCCCGUGUCUUUCGUGCCAGGGCCAGUUUGGACGAAAUGCGAGAUGUGGACAUUCUGGCAAGGUAUCGGCUUACCAGAGAAGCUAUAGGAUUCCUGGAGGAAAGACUUAGACCAAAUCUAACGCGGGUGACAAGCAGGUCGCAGUCGAUCCCCGUUUUGACUCAGGUAUAUUAAACACCUGCGAAUAAUUAAAUUCUUCGUCAAUCCAUAGAUAUUUGCGUACAUUUUCCCGUACAGUUACAGUAGUAGAUUAGAUUCUAUAUUUAGCAAUUAUCUAUUUAAAGAUUCAAGGGACACUACUAUAAAGUUUCGCUCUGCAGCCUGUCAUGAAAACAGGAAACAGGAAAUAGGAUUAUUAUUUCCUGUUUUCAUGAUACCUUUACAGAUACACAGAUACUUGAUAAUCAGUGAAUAUCAAAAAUAUGAUGCACGCUAGGAAUUCUUUAUAUGCAAGGUACUUAUUGGUUUGAGAUACCUGGCCAAGGGUGAUUUCUUGUCUGAAGUGGCAGAUUUACAUGGAGUUAGUAGGUCCAGUGCAUGCCAUAUCAUUGAUAACUUUGUAGACGCAGUAAAUGAUAGACUUGACAAUAUCAGAUUCCCAGGAGGUAUGGAUUUGGCUGACGUGAAGCAGGCUUUCUUCAGGAAAUGCAAUAUUCCAAAUACAGUUGGAGCUGUAGAUGGAACACUAAUACCGAUCAUAGCUCCGUCACAAAAUGAAGAGGUCUAUGUCUGCAGAAAAAACUACCAUGCAAUUAACGUUCAAGCUGUUGUAGAUCACAGAGCAAGGUUUAUUGACUUGGUAGCUAAAUGGCCAGGGUCGACACAUGAUGCAUCCAUCUUUGACAACUGUGGACUCAAGGACCAUUUGGAAAGACACGAACUGGGUCACCUCCUAGGUGAUUCUGGUUAUCCAUUAAGAAAAUACCUCAUUACGCCAGUAGCAACUCCGACCACUGAGAAGGAAGUUCAGUUCAACCAAGCUCAUUCAAGUGGCCGGAUGGUGGUUGAAAGAGCAUUUGGAAUGUUAAAAUCUAGAUUCAGAUGUUUGCACAGAACUGGAGGAGUUUUAUACAAACGCCCUGGAAAGAGUUGCCAGAUUGUAACGGCUUGUUCAAGACUACAUAACUUCUGUUUAGAAAGAAACAUUCCAUUGCCAGAUAUCAACCAAGUCAUUGUUGACAGACAGGAGGAGGUGCUUGCAAAUACUGCAGAUCUAAAUGCUGUUGCUUAUCGGCAGCACCUCAUUGAGCGUUUUGGCUAGAAGACGGAUAACUGGGCCACUUUCUUAAUCUCAUCUGUACCAUUACAACAAUUAAUUGUAAUUAUUAGUCCCCUACUGGUUGAAAACCAGUUUCGGGGACUAUAGGAGUGCGCUUUUCCGUCAUUCCAUCCGUCCGUCCGCCCGCAAUUUCGUGUCCGGUCCAUAACUCUGUCAUCCAUGAAGGGAUUUUUAGCUCGACUAUACAAAGUAUAAGGAGAGCUAUCCUACUCGCCCUGGCGUCGGCGUCUUUCCGCGUCCCCACCUUAGUUAAAGUUUUGGUGCACUUUCUCUUUUUUCCACUUAUCUCUGUAAUUACUUGAUGGAUUUGAUUCAAGGUCAGAGACCACCAAUUCAAAAAAGUACAGGGAACUUACUGGGAAUGAGGUAAAUGUAUACCUGGGAAUAAGGUAACGUGUGUGUGUUCUGAUUGGUCAGUCAUGUAAACAAACCCAGGAAGUGAUUAUUUUUUCAAAAUUGAUAUUUUUUCACUGCAUUUACAGUAUUUUAUUAUACAUUUUGACAAAAUUUGCUACAUUUUAUGUGUAUUGAAAAAAAGGUGGUCAUCUCAUUCACACGAAAAUUACUUAAAUAAAGUAUCACUAUUCAUAUGUUUUUCGUCCGAUAUUUUGGUAGAACUAGGAUAGUUCUUGAAAAACUUGUAAUUGGAUAUACAUGUUUCGAUGUAUGGAAGGCCGUACACGCCAUAAUGUUACAAUGUAAGUCUAUGGGAAAACAGUUGGUGGUCUCUAACCUCAAACUUGAAAUACUUAUUCCUCAUCAUCAUCCACAUCAUCUGACACAAGGGCCAUAACUCUGGCACCAAUAUUUCAUGAAUUAUCCCCCUCUUCACUUAGAUUUUCAGGUUAAAGUUUUGAUGCACUUUCUCUAUCUCUGUUAUUACUGAAUGGAUUUGAUUCAAACCAACAUCAUCACCCACAUCAUAUGACGCAAGGUGCAUAACUCUGGCUCCGUUUUUUCAUGAUUUAUUCCCCCUUUUUACUUACAAUUUCAGGUUAAAGUUUUGGUGCACUUUCACUCUUACCUCUAUUACUGAUGAUUUGAUGAAAUAAAAUGUAUAGGUCCGUGUUCUUAUUUUUCAGAUAUUUGACCAUGAUUAAAGUAAACCAGACAUUUCACGCUAAUUUUAAGAAAUUAUUUUGAAUUAUUUAACGUGUGAUAUGUUUUAAUAUCAUAUUUCGACUUUAGAAAUAUAGCAACAGAGCCACUAAUAAAGUUACUCACAGGUUGCGAUUAACCCAUAAAAUGAUUUUCAUUUCCGUACACCGAAUCCAGUCUAUAUUCUACGUUUUCCGGAAAAAUGACGUUACGCCAUCACUUCCGGUUUAUCAAACGUGCAGAACUACCUUAAUAAGAUGAUGUGUCAUGCACAACUUUCAGACCCCUUGCUCAAAGGUCAAGGUCACACUUGACAGUCAAAUAUUAACAUGGCAUGAAAAGGGUCUGUUUCGUGUCCAGUCCAUAACUCUGUCAUUUAUGAAGAGAUUUUAAUAUCACUUGGCACAAAUGUUCCCCAUGAUGAGAUGACAUGUCAUACGCAAAAUGUGGACCCCUGCCUCAAAGGUCAAGGUCACAAUUGGGGUCAAGAGGUCAACAGGGCUUUUUCCUGUCCGGUCCAUAACUUUGCCAUCAAUGAAGGGAUUUUAAUGUUACUUGGCACAAAUGUUCCUUAUGAUGAGACGACAUGUCGUGCGCAAUAUCUGGACCCCUAGCUCAAAGGUCAAAGUCACAGUUUGAGAUAAAAAAUCAAUAGGAUUUCUUUCCUGCCCGGUCUAUAACUUUGUCAUGCAAAAUAGGAUUUAAAUAUCAGUUGGGAAAUAUACUUCCCUGGGUGAGACAACAUGUCAUGCGCAAACCCCAGGCCCUAGGUCUUUGGUCAAGGUCACACUUAGAGGUCAAAUGUCAGAAAUAAAAAUUAAUUUGUCUUAAGCAUUUCUUCUUCAUGCAUGGAGGGAUUUUGAUGUAUAUUGGCACAAUUGUACACCAUCAUGAGGCGAAGUGUCAUGCGCAGGUUCCUUCUUUAGAAUUACUUCCUUUGUUGUAACUUUUUUAAAAAUUGACCGUUAGAAAAAACCAAGACCAUUUUUCUGUGGUACAACAUAGAUGUUACUUUCAAAUUUUAGGUUAUUACAGCUGAGACAUUUAUAGUCAUUUUCCAGUAGGGGACUUUGUAUUGCAUGGCAAUACUUCAUUCACUUGUUUUUUACUAGUAAAAUUCUUAGUGCCUACGACAACUGAAAAUAAGUUAAGUUUCUUUAUAAGUAUGUAAGUUGUAAAUGUCAACAAAAUUGAUUGAUAAUUUUGAAAAAUUUUGUAACCAUGUCAUUUUUUGGUUUCAUUGAGAUCCAGCCAACAUCUGAUAAAACUGUAUUUAUAAAUUGUAACUAUUUUUCACUUUCUGAAUUUCAUGGUACAUCUGUUACCAUCUAUUUACAUCUGAAUAUAGUUCUUUUUGUUUGCACACCAAUAUUUCAUAUGUGGUAUUAACUAAACAAUAUUUGAUGCCAAAAUAAACAUAUUGAAUUGUA